AUGAAUUCUAACUAAAAUAUUGUUACUUGGGAAGAUUUACUAGACCACUCAGAUGAAAAAAGCUGUUAUUUUAUAAUUGAUGAUACUGUUUAUGAUGUUACUGAGUUAUUAUCGUUAUAGUCUAAUUAUAAAGAAUUCUUGUUAAAAAACAUAGGAUAGAUUAAUAGAGAAGAGUAAGUAAAGUAAUUCAAUGAGAGUUUGUUUUUAAUUUUGAAAUAGCAAGGCAAAAUAGUUGGAAAUAUAGAAAAAAAACCUUAAAGCGAAUACUUUAAGAGAAAAGUUAGAUUUUUAAAAGCUGAAUAUUAGGAGUUUACUUUAGAGGAAGUCUAAAAACACAAUAAGAUGCAAGAUUUAUGGGUAGUUUUAGAUUAAAAUGUUUAUGACCUUACAGAAUACUAGUUUAUCCAUCCUGGAAGACCUGAUUCCAUUCAUCCAUAUGCUGGAAAAGAUGCCACAGAAAAAUUUAAUUCUAUUAAUAAACAUACAGAAGGAGCACGCAAAUUUAGAGAGAAUUAUAAAAUAGGAAUUCUUAAAAAAUGA